AAAUAAAAAAUGGAAUCCACUAAGGAAGCCAAAUACAAAGUAGUCUUUGCAAGACAUGGACAGAGCCAAUGGAACAAAGAGAAUAGGUUCACUGGAUGGUACGAUGUUGGACUCACUGAACAAGGAAGGGAAGAAGCCAGAGUUGCAGGAGAGCUUCUUAAAGAGAAAGGAUUUCAAUUUGAUGUGGCACAUACCUCAGUGCUUAAAAGAGCUAUUUUGACCUUAAACGGAAUCUUAGACGCUACAGACCACCAUCACAUCCCAGUUCAAAAAUCAUGGAGACUUAACGAGCGCCAUUAUGGAGCUCUUCAGGGAUUAAAUAAAGCAGAAACUGCAGAGAAACAUGGAGAAGACAAAGUUCACAUUUGGAGAAGAUCUUUUGAUAUUCCACCUCCAUCACUUGAAGAUGAUGAUGAAAGACAUCCAAAAUUUGACAGGAAGUAUUCUCUUGUGCCAAAGACAGCACUCCCAUCAACAGAGUCUUUAAAGCUGACCAUCGACAGGGUACUCCCAUAUUGGUUUGAUAAUAUCUGUUCAGAUAUCCUUGAAGGCAAGAAUGUGCUUGUUGUGGCUCACGGCAACAGUCUCAGAUCUAUGGUUAAAUAUCUGAACAAUCUGAGUGACGAAGAAAUUGUUGGUUACAAUAUCCCAACAGGCAUCCCCUUUGUUUAUGAGUUCGAUGAGGACCUCAAAGUAGUCAGAAACUACUACCUCAUCGAAGAGGAGGAGUUGAAGGCGAGACAAGAAGAAGUCGCCAAUCAGGCUAAAAAGAAAGAAUAG